AUGAGCAGAGAUAUCGUAUUUCUGUCCCUCUUCCUCCUCAUCCCGGGGCUAGUCCUGCUCCAUCUCUUGGUUGCGCCCUAUACCAAGGUCGAGGAGUCGUUUCACGUCCAGGCCAUUCAUGAUAUUGAGACUUAUGGUAUUCCGUCGCUUAGGGAUGCUACGACCUAUCUCCAGGAGCAUUAUGACCACUUCAAGUUCCCUGGAGCAGUGCCCCGGACGUUCAUCGGAGCGUUGGUGCUGUCGGAAUUGUCGCGGCCGUUUAUAUGGUUAAAUGAGAAUGUUGACCGGCAGGUUUUGGCACGAGCCAUUCUGGGCCUCUUCAAUGCUUCUGCCCUGAUGUCGUAUGCUUCCGGGAUAAAGCGGGCAUUUGGACAGCCUACGGCCAUUUGGUACCUGCUCUUCCAAGCUAGUCAGUUCCAUGUUCUCUACUAUGCCUCGAGAACAUUGUCCAACAUGUUUGCUUUCGGGAUUACGACUCUGGCAAUGCGGUAUCUUCUAUCGGAACCUGGUGUCCGUCACAAGUACAGGACCCGGUGCCGGCUUUCCCUGUGUCUGUUGACAAUUGUUGGCAUCAUCUUUCGAUCAGAGCUGGCUCUCUUCCUGGCGACGCAUAUCCUCUUCCUUCUCUUAACGGGUCGUGUCAGUUUGCUACGGGAGGUCAUCCCCGCCGGGAUCCUGGGACUCUCCAUAGGCCUAGCCUCCACCGUAUCCGUGGACUCGUUCUUCUGGCAGCAAUUCCCUCUCUGGCCCGAGUUGGCGGCGUUCAAGUUCAAUGUGGUCUCGGGUCAAGCAUCUGCUUGGGGCACGCAGCCCUGGCAUUUUUACUUUUCCAAUGCUAUCCCUCGUCUUUUGUUGAAUCCGUGCACCUAUCUCAUUGGUAUCCCGGUAGCGCUCAGUCAGUCCUCAACACGCGCAGCGACAGCAUACCUCGUCACUCCUUCGUUGGCGUUCGUGGCGUUAUUCAGUUCUCAACCGCACAAGGAAUGGCGCUUUAUUCUAUACGCUAUCCCGCCACUCACUGCUGCUGCUGCUCUGGGCGCUUCGUAUAUCUGGACGCACCGGACGAAGUCUCUCAUCUACCGUUUACUAUCUCUCGUCAUGCUCCUCUCGCCAUUAGCCUCCUUCGCCAUCUCAACUUUCGUCCUCCUGCCUUCUUCGGCAGCUAACUACCCUGGCGCUUACGCUCUCCGCGCCCUUCACGAGAACCACGCAGAGACUUCUUCCCAAUCCGAAAUUUCAGUCUACCUGGGUAACCUCGCCUGCCAAACAGGUGUAACCCGUUUCCUACAAAUACCAUCAAACACUCCCACGGUAGCAUGGAAAUACGACAAAACCGAAGACGAAACCACCAAAUCCUCCUCUACCUUCUGGGACCAAUUCGAUUACGCACUCGUCGAAGCCGUCGGACCUGAGGAGUCCAGACUCACCUCUGGGCCAGACUCGCGUUGGGAAAAUGUUGAGGUCGUUAACGGGUUCGCUGGGGUUAGGGUUCUUCGUCCGGGUGAGGAAGCGAGGGGGUCUGUUGAGGAGGGUGUUUUGAGGGGGAUUGGGGUUGAACGUGCGGUUGGGGUUUGGGAGAAGGGACGAGAGUUGGUAAGAGGGUUUGUCACGAAGGGAUGGUGGGUUGAGUUGAGGAUAGAGCCUAGGAUCAGAAUUAUGAGGCGGGUUGAGUAG